GUCAUUUACCAAAAGGUCCUUAUUUCCCUCCUCUCUUUCCCCCUCUCCUUUCAGAAAAUUCCGCACAUUUAGGGUUUCAUAGUUCUCCCCACUAACCUUCUUCCCCCAUUUCACUCACAGGAUAAUCAAAAUUACUCUGUUCCCUUUUCAAUUUCCUCUUCGGUUUUGGCGAUAAUCAUGAACCAAAUACCAAACCAAAGCCAAACCGACGAAGCUUUACAGUCCAUGAUCAAAGAAUCAAUUCACCGAUUUUCAACCGAAUACAGAAAAGGCACAACCGAUUUUUCAAAUUUUACCUCCAUUUUCUCCCGUUUUCUAACUAAUUUACCCGACCCACCACUCGAAAUCAUCUGGUUUUACUCCGGCUUAACUUUUCACUCUGCACAAUUAACCACCCAAAACCCUUCAGUUUUAGUAACUGCUAAAGAAUUAUUUCAGCUACUAGUUUCUUGCACUUCUUCUUGCAAUGCGGUUAAGAAAAUCGCGGUACUCGCUCCGGUAAUUUCCGAGCUGAAUAAUUUAGUUUGUAUUAGGAAACAAUGUGUACAAGAAAUUGAUAUUUUGUUAGAAGUGAUUGAGAAUUAUAUUAGCAUUUGUUGCUGUAGCUUGAAUUUUGAGGAUGUUAGCGAUUUUAAUUUUUGUUGUAUUGAUGUAGUGUGCAUUUGGGUGAUUGAUAAAAUUAGUGAGAAUAGUCAGUUUAGUGAGGCUUUGAGAGUGUUUUUUCCAUUGGUUAGUGAUGGAAUUCGCAAAGGGAUUUAUAACGAGGGACGUGAGGUUGGGAUCGGGUAUUUGGCCGGGAUCGUUAUGAGUGAAAUAUUCUUGUUGAGAUUGUGCUUGAAGUUUCAGUUGGGCGUUUCUGGAUUGAAGUUCGAGAAAGUAUUGCGUGAUUUGGCAUUUCAAAUGAUGAGCGCAUUUCGAAGUUAUUACUAUAUUGAAAGCAUUCUAAGGAUGCUGUUGGAGCCAGUAUUGCCUGUAACGACCCUACUAAACUCCAAAGAUGAAGUUAAUUUGCGACAAAUUCUGUAUGAUCUUGCAAUCAAAAUAAACCUUUUCUGUCUUGGUCCUCAAAAGGGGAUUCAUCUACCUGAUGGGCGCUUGAAAGAUCUUGCCAUAAUAUGGUUGUUUGCUGCUGACAAUGGCAUACGCGUUUUGAGGGAAACUGGUGACAAAACCAGGGUCAUUUCUUAUCUACAAGCCUUCUCUGAAUCUCGUCUACCAUCUGAGUUGAUUAACUGCAUCACUGAUAUGCCUGGCGUACGGAAUAAAACAAGUAUACCAAAAGUUUCCACUCCUCUAGCUCUUAUCAGGUGGCUACUAAUUGUCGAGGAUCACGGUGUAAAAGUAUUUGAUAAUGAUGCCUCAAAGAUCUAUGCAAAAACCAUCAUCUCUAAAUCAAGAAUAGAGUAUGGUUUCUUCAUAAACAAGCUGGGUGGUAAGAGUUUGGUUGAGAAUAGCUUCUCUUGUGGUUGUAGAGUGGAUAAAGAGGGCGAUAAGGUUGAUGGUGAUCUACAUAUGGCUGAUUCUGAGGGCAGUAUGUGUUUUACUACUCCAGGUGUGUCUAAAGCUGCUGCAACUAAUGAGAUGAGGAAACGCAAAGAAGAGAGAAAAAGUGAAGGGGAUAAACAAGUUAAGUUUCUCAAAUGUCAUCGUAAUGACAACUCAAUGACGGAGAAACUUUCUCCAUUGGAUGAUUACGAUGCUUUGAGCAGCGGGAGCGAAGUGGACGAUUUAGUCUCCGAUGAUAACAUGGUAUGUAUGGAGCAAUAAUAUGGAUGAAUGUGAAUAUGCUAGUUUAGGAGCUAAAUAAACAGUCCAAAUAGUAUAUAUGUAACAAGGAGGAUUCUUAUAGACAGUGUUCAUUAAAAAUUCAUGGACAUAAUCAAUCAAAUGUUAGAAAAUAAAAAAUCAAAUAGAAAAAUAUAAGAAUUUCCUAAAAUUUGAUUGGUUGUGAUCGUGCAUUUUGAGUGUACUUAACUUAGAUAAGAAUUUUCCAUGUAACCAAAUCAUCUUUGGUGGUUGUAUUUUGGUAGAUUUUAUGCUUUUGGAUUUUUAGAAGAUGACAAAUAGUUGCUUUCAGUAGAUUUUACACUUCUUAUUCUGAAAGUAAGAGCUUCUGAUUCAAUCUGGUACUGAAAAAGCCAUUUUGACAUCCAAUGAUGAGUUAUUUAGUUAUUGUCA